CCCAAAAUCAAAGUCAGAAACCAACAAUUCCCUUCUGCUUCUCUUUCAUGGCGCAUCCCAUUCCAGUGCCGGCUCCAUCGCCAAGCUACACCGCCAUAACGAGUCCGAUUGCGGUGGUGGGACCUCAAUACUGCAUAACAGAGUAUCCAAUUGACCUUGUGAUUGUGAGAAAGGCCAUGGCUUUAAGCCUUGGCAAUUUCACCGUAACGGAUAUAAAAGAGAAUAUCAUGUUCAAAUUGGAAGCUCAAUGGUCUCUUCAUGACCAUCGGAUCCUUCGUGAUCCAGCUGGAAAUCCAAUUGUCACUCUCCGACAAAAGAUCAGAUCAAUGCAUGGGAGAUGGCAAGUGUUCAGAGGAGAAAGCCGUGAGGAGAAAGACCUUCUCUUCACAGCUAAAACGACCUCAUGGCUGCAAUUCAAGACAAAGAUGGACGUUUUCUUGGCAAAUAACACCAAACAGGAAACCCCUGAUUUUAGGCUGGAUGGCAGUUAUUCUGAGAGUUCCGGCGUUAUCUACGCCGGAGACGGCGAGUCCAAAGCCAUUCUUGCCCAGAUGCAUAAGAAGGAGACUGUCAAGAGUGUAUUGCUGGGGAAGGACAACUUCAGAGUGACGAUCUAUCCAAACGUUGAUUAUGCCUUCAUCGUCGCACUCAUCGCCAUUCUUGACGACAUUGAUACAUCUGAUGGUUCUUAAUUAUCUAAAUUAUUAUUGUUAUUAUUUAUACACUUCUGUUUGUCUUAUUUACCUCAUUAUAAGAGGAGGACCUUAUGUUUUGGCAUAUGUAUGUUUGUCUCUAUGAUUAAUUUAUAUAUGGAUCCUAUCUAUUGUGUUUGUCAAA